UUGUCAACAGCAAACAAGGGCUACUGGUCUGUCCGAUAGUGUGACGGCCCACACUACGCUGGACACUGCAGUGGACAGGGGUGGACGAUAACCUGACCGCACACCCUCGCUACUGACCACCUUAACCUACAGCAUUGUCGCAACAUCACCGUUGUAGGACGUUGUCAGUUGUACCCAUUGUGGGCCAACUCUCAUAGCAUUGUUGUAGUGUUGUCAUUGUACUGUUGUGAGAAUUGGACUUGUGUUAGCGUACUUCUGUUUGGCUCCUUUUCCGCGGGGUCUCGGUCCACGUUUUGGGUCGUCCCAAAGGAAUGGAUACACAAACCAUAGAGCUGUAAGACAGCCCUGUCAACUGCAGGAUUACCGUUUGAUUGCUUUGUGUUUGGCAAAGAGUCUGUCCUAUAGUUUUCCACGUUCAGCAGGAAGAGAGAGGAACAUACCUGUGUCAUGCUUCGAGGGGAUAUUUGUGUUUCACUGGAAUACUUGUGAGAGAAAAAAAUGGAUAAAACUACGCUUAAAUUUCAGAAAGGAAAGGAUGAGAGGGAGGAUGUCCAAAGGAAAACCUUCACAAAAUGGAUAAACUCCCAGCUAUCAAAAGCCCAUCGAUCUGUGAUAAGUGAUCUGUUCGAGGAUCUGAAAGAUGGCACCAUCCUCCUGUCUCUCCUGGAGGUGCUCAGCGGCAGGACACUGAAGCGGGAGAAGGGUCGUCUGAGGGUUCACCACAUCAACAAUGUAAACCGGGCCUUGGAAGUGCUGGAGCAUAAUUAUAAUAUAAAACUUGUAAAUAUCAGCAGCAAUGACAUAGUAGAUGGCAACGCCAAGCUGACCCUGGGACUGGUGUGGAGCAUCAUCCUCCAUUGGCAGGUGAAGGACGUCAUGAAACACGUGAUGGAGGACCUGCGUCAGACCAACCUGGAGAAGACUCUGCUGGCCUGGUGCAGACAGUGUACCAGUGGCUACAAGAACGUCAGCAUCAACAACUUCACCUCCAGUUGGAGGACUGGCCUCGCCUUCAAUGCCCUCAUACACAGAUUCAGGCCUGAGUUGUUUAAGUACGAAGACCUGCUGACCAAUGGUAACCAAGCUAACUUGGAGCAUGCGUUUCGCACUGCUCAGGACCAUCUCGCCAUCGACAGCUUGCUGGACGCAGAAGAUGUGGAUGUGAGCCACCCUGACAAGAAGUCCAUCAUGACCUACCUGAUGUGCUUCUUCCAAGUCCUCCCCCACUCCAACAUCACCGUCGAGGAAGUUGUGUCACCAUCCUCCUCCGUCGUCGUGGAUGAGUUCGAGGCCACCCCGACCACGCCAGACAUCGGGGACAUGGUCACGGCAGAACCCAUCCAGCCCACCGCCGUCAAACAGUCCGAGUCGGCGAUGUCCAUGAGCAGCUCUGAGAGUCGACACAGCACGAUGAGCACCACGUCCUCUGACCUCCUGUCCUACCAGGACGCCCUGGAGAACGUCCUCACCUGGCUGCUGGAGGCGGAGGAGGUCAUCGAGAAACAAGCCUCCAUUGGACACCUCGUCUACAGUGUCAAGAAACAGUUUAAUGAACAUGAGGAGUUCAUGCUGGAACUGACCAAGCACCAGGACAGUAUUGGGAACGUCCUGAAGGAGGGAAAUGACCUCAUUGCAGAGGGCAAGGUCACUGAAGAGGAGGAGAAUGAGAUCCGUGUGCAGAUGGGGCUGCUGAACAAUCGGUGGGAAGACCUCCGCCUCAAGGCCCUCGACAGACAAAGCAGAUUGCAGCAGGUGCUGAUGGACCUGCAGCAGCAGCAGCUGGAUGAGCUGGCCAGUUGGCUGGCCCAGAUGGAGGAGCGCAUCAACCAGCAGGAGCCGCUCGGCUCCGAUCUCGACUCCAUAAAGCGACAAGUCAGUGAACACAAACGGAUCCAGGAAUCCCUGGAGAAGCAGCAGAAGAGGGUGGACAGUCUGCAGAACAUGGUGGUGGUAGUGGAUGACACAAACACUGAGAGUGUGUGUGAAGCCAUGGAGAAGCAGCUGGAGUCGCUGGGGAAGAGGUGGGCGACGAUCGGACGAUGGACAGAAAAGAAGUGGAUGAUAUUGCAGGAGCUGCUCCUCAAGUGGCAGCACUUCAAUGAGGAACAAAACCAAUUUGCUGAUUGGCUGGCAGACAAGGAACAAGUGUUAGGGAGGAUGCGAUUGGCUGAUCUGAAUGUUGCAGAAGAAGUGAUAGCUCAAGUCAGACAGUUGAAGGCAAUUGAGAAAGACAUGGUGGAACAAGUCCAGAGGUUUGACGAGCUGAACGACUGUGGUCAGCAGAUCGUCCAGCAUGUAGACAAUCAGGUGGCUGUGGAUCGCAUCAGCUCCCAGCUGGAGCAGUUCCAGGAACGGUGGGAGCGACUUGUCCAGCAGAUGGAGUACCAGAGUAAAGAGAUUGCAAACUCAGGGAUAGAACUGGGAAAGAUAUCGGAGGAGAUGAUUUCGGAAGUUUCGGAAGAAGCAAGACUUCGAUCCCCUUCAGCCUCGUCAGCUAAGAAGCGUCGAGUUGAGUCAGCCAAUCAGGUGCAAUUUGACCAGGAUCUAAUCACACUAUAUGAUUGGUUUGACAAGACAGAAACAACGCUUGAGCUUCUCGUGUCAGAAUCCAACAGUCCGCAAGAACAGUUCACAGAAGAGGAACAGUUGGUGCUCACACAGGACAUGGAGAGUGAAGUGAAAGCUCACACGGAUGACGUGUUCAACCUGCUGAGGUUGGGAAAAACAGUCACGACCGAACUUAAAAUUGCUGACGAGCCCAACGAGCAUAUCGUGAAGGCCACACAGCAAGUGGAGGAGAGAUGGGACCACAUCAACAGGAAGUUGUCGGAGACCCAGAACCGCGUGGAUCUCAACAUGGAGACUAAGAAGUUCUACAGCGAGCUGGCCACCCUACAGGACCUGAUGGCCAGCUACGAGAAGUGGGUGACUACCGCGGAGAGGAUCGCUGACGAGGCCAUGGACAUCAGUCAGCAGUUGGACCAGUGCAAGCUGAAGCUCAAGUCCAUCAAAUCCCACGAGGAUCGAGUCGGCAGGCUGAGGAAACAUGGCGAGAGUCUCAUGCAACUCAAGACCAACAAGCAGAUACAGGAAGACCUCAAUGUCUUCAAUUCAAAGUGGCAGACAACUUUCGAUAAAAUCGGGGAGCGGCAGAGGUUGUUAGCGGAGGCAAUGGAGCGAGCUCCGUCCAAGUCCUACAUGGCAGCCAUCGGUGCCCUCUCCAAGUGGGUGAGUGAUAUGGAGGCCAUACUGCAGACGGAGAAGAUCUCACUGGCAAGUCUGGAGACUAUGGAAGAACAACAGCUGCAGUACCGGGAGCUGCAAGAUGACCUCCAAGACCACCAGUCCAGCCUGGACUAUGUCAACAGGACUGGGCAGGAGCUCAUCGACAAGAAGUCCUCUGAUGAGGAUGUUGGGGAUCUCCAGAAUGACCUCAAGAACCUGAAUGGCCGCUGGUCAGACGUGUCAGCCGCCAUUACAGACAGACUGGCCAAACUGGACAGGACUAUUGGCCAGAUGAAACAGUAUCAGAAUCAGCUGGUUGGGCUGACACGAUGGAUGGAUGAGAUGGAUGUGUUUCUCCAUGCCGAGGACCCAGUCAGUGGCGACAUCCCCACCCUUGAGGCACAGCUCCACGAGAGUAACGGAGUCCUGGAGGACAUUAAGACCUUGCGGCAGAACGUCAUCAACAUCAGCAACUUGAGCAAGUCCCUGUCCACGGAGGGUGAUGACACGUUCCAGGAGAGUCUCGGCAAUGAGGUAGUGAGUCUGAACAGUAAGUGGGACCGGGUGGUUCAAAUGGCCGAGGAACAAAACGAGCGCCUGAAGAAACUUCUGUGUGACAGUCAGUGUGUGUACGACAAGAUCGAGAACAUCACCAAGUGGCUGGAGCCACUCAAGGUCGACCUGGCCAAUAAGGAUUACUCCGUGGAGAAUGCAAAUGAUCUGCUUGUAAAGAACAAAAAAUUCAAGAGCUUGAAGAAAGAAGUGAGUGGGAGAGAAUCUGAUGUAGAUGCACUUAACGAAGAAGCUAACCAGAUGUUGAACAAAGCUCCGUCCGGCACGCUGCAGGAGCUGGCGCGGUCAUUGAUGAAGAUGAAUGCGUUGUGGACAGACGUGUUCCAGAGGGUGGACAGAUACUAUUCUCUGUACGACAGCUCUGAUGCUGAGUGGAAGGAGUUAAAAGACCUACUGGAUUUGGAGAGGCGGUUUCUGCAGAACCUUGAAAGGAAAGUCCGUCGAACAUCAGCAACCAGUUCAGAUGCUGAAGAGAUUUCAGAAGAACUAGAUGAUGUGGAGAAUCUGCUCCGGGAACACAACGACAGUAACAGGAAGCGGGUGAACGAGUUGGCGGGAGAGUUGAUCACCAACUCCAUCAUGGUGGACAUUGUCAAGAAGGAGCUGGAUGAGUACAACAGGAAGUACGACUCCCUGGAAGCAGAGGCCAAAGAAAAGGUGAACCGUCUAGAGCGGUCAAUCCACCAGGCACAGAAUAUCGAGCGUCAAAUGCUGGAAAUGUCACAAUGGAUGUCAGACAUCACCCAGUAUCUGCAGUCUCGCCUGGAUGCCGACAUGGUGGCUGGAGACGUUCCUCAGGAACAUGAGUCUCUGAAGGAGGAGUUUCAGCAGCAGGAGGAUCUCCUGCGUGAGCUGGAGAAGCAUGUCCUAGAGUACCGCCAGCAGGGCAAGAUGGAGGCCAGUGCCAGGCUGGAGCAGCAGACACAGCUUCUCAAGAAACACUUUGCUGAGGUGAUGGUGAAGUUCCGCAAGUUCCAGCGCCCGGCAGACUUUGAGCCGAAGCUGAGUCACGUGAAGAGAGAGUUGGACAACAUCCAGGACAGAGCUCACCUCCUGGAAGUCCCGGGGGAGGACAUCGAGAUGCUGCAGUCCAGGCAUGACACCUGCAUGAAAUUUUACAAGACAAUGAGUGAGCUAAAGCCUGAGGUGGAGUAUGUGAUCAAGGCAGGUCGGCAUGUGGUGGAGAAGAAACAGGUAGACUUCCCCGACAAGCUCAAUAAGCAGCUGGAUGCCAUUAAACAACAAUAUAAUGACCUGGGGGCACAGGUCACACUGGGAAAGACCAAUCUCGAAAAAGCUCUGAAAGUGUCAAAGAAGCUACGUAAAGAAAUGAGUGCAGUUAGUGAGUUUGUGUCAACGACAAAUCAUGACCUUGACCGAAGGGAGUUAAACACAACCGUCUAUAAUUUGGAAGAGGAGGUCAACCAUGUCAGGCUGGCUGAAGACGACCUGUCCAAGAGACAGGCGCUGGUGCCCUCUAUCAGGGAACUCAUUCUCCAGCUCCAGGACCUGGCUGAAGAAGGGGAGGUAAUCGAGGCAGCCGAGACUGUGUCUAAGAUGGAGCUGUCGGUAGAGGAGCUGUCCGCCAGGUUGUCAACACGGAAACAGAAGAUGCAAGAGGAGAGCAGCAAGCUGGAUGGUCAGUUCAUCGACUUCCAGACGCAGAUCCUCAAGGUCAAGGACUGGCUUGGUAAAGCGGAGGUUGUCCUGGCAUCACACGACAAGCUGCCGGACCAGCAGAAGUCAACACUCACCCAGAGAGAGGCCAUCAAGGGCUUGCAGCUGGAGAUGAAUGAUCAGCGGAGCCAGGUGGACGAGGUCCGAGACUCGGCCAUCAGCCUGAUGACCAAGAGUGACCGCUACAACAAGAUGGUGGAACCAGAACUCACUCACCUCAAUCAGCGAUGGGAGGAGGUCUCGAACAAACUCAAGGAGAAACAAUCUACCAGCCAUGUUGAGAUCAUCGAGAUGGCCAAGACCUCCCCAUUGAUGUCCUCCAGAGGUCACAGUCUGGAGCGACAAAUGUCGAAGGUGGAAGGCGAGGAGCCCUUCAACACGCAGUGUGAUCGUGUGGUGGCCACUCUGGCAGUGUUCGAGAGCAACAUUUCCACCCACGGCGACCUGCAGCAGAACGACAUCUCUGACAACUUGGAGGCCAAUGUUCAGCUUGUCGAUGAGGAGCUUCACAGCCUUGUUAGACCAGUGGAAGAGGUGAUCGGUCAAGGGGAACACCUCUUGCAGGCAGCCGAGGCAUGUCGAGACCAAGGCACACACAGUCGAGUUCACAAGAGACUGCAGGAAUUGAAGUGUAAGUGGAACACAGUUCGCGAGGACAGCGAAACAAAGAAACGCCGUCUUGUCGUGAUUGCCCCAGUGUGGUAUCAGUUCUCUCGGCAGAAGAAGGACCUGGAACUAUGGCUGGACAACGCAGAACGCCGACUUUCCAUGUCCAAGAGGGACGUCGACCUCAAGGCUUUUGAAGAUGAGAUGCGACGGCGCCAGAAAGAGCUGGACUUCCUGCGACAACGUGCAGGGGAACUGGAGUCCAGUGGCGCCAAGGCCAUCGUUGCCCCAGAGAUGCACAAGCUGAACCAACGGUGGCAGGACAUCAGUCAGCAGAUUGCACAGCCACGGCCACCCAGCAUUACAAAUGGUGAUCUCACAAACGGGGACAGUCAAAUCACACGGACGUCGUUUAACGUUGUGUCUACUAGUGUGACACGCACUACUUCCAAUGUUCGCUCGCCGACACAGUACGUGCAGGAUGUCCGAAGAACGCUCAUGAGAAUUUCAGAGAUUAAGAAGCAGCUGAGCUUACCCCCGCUGGAUGAAGGGCGGGGUUUCGAGGAGAUCGGAGCACAGGAGGAACGGUUACAGAAACUGAAAGAUGAGUUAGACAAGUGCCGAGGAACGGUCGAUGAGUUGGAGUCACAGAAACAGGAUGCACUGUACCAGUCAGCCAAUGAAGACGAGGUGGCAAGGAUCCACGACAUUGCCGGACACCUUCACCGAGACUGGACAGCGGUCAACAGCGCCUACACCGAGACACUUGACCGGUGGAACAAGGCCAUGGAACAAUGGCGCCAGUUCCACACUGACAUGAAGGAAAUGGCAGUGUGGCUGGACAGUGCUGAGACCAAACUGGCCGACGCCAAGCAGACUGACGAUAUACAGGCCAGUGACAGGGUUUUCACUGAGCUGGAAAACAGUGUGCGUCUGCAGCAAGGCACAGUCAACAGUAUGAACGCUGCAGGCAACGAGAUCAUCCGACUGUCGGCAGCACCUGAUGCUGACCGACUCCGAGACAAGCUGGCCGCCAUCAACCAGCGAUGGAGGGUUAUUUCCACCGAUGUCACAGAGAGACAUGAUCGAAUUGACGAAGGAAGCGUGAAGACAAGCGAGUUCACUGAUGACAUGGAUGAACUAUUCUUCUGGAUCGACGAGACGGAGAAUAUCCUGUCCUCCACGAUCCGCCCUGACGAGGAGUAUCUCGAGGACCUGCUCGAGAAGGUCAAGGAUCGCGAAGACGACAUUGGACCUCGACAACAGAGUCUGGAUGCUGUCAACAGGAAUGGGAUCAAGAUGUUGAAGACGGAAUCUCUGUCCAACCAGGACGCCGAGAACAUCCAGAAGGAUCUGGAGAACCUCAACAGUCGAUGGAAGAAGGUAAUCAAGGAUGUUCCCGACAAGAUCCAGGAGAUCGAGACCUACCUGCGGCGCCUCCGACUGUACCAGGCAGAAACAUGUCAGCUGCAGUCCUGGAUGACGGAAACCAAGACGCUCCUCGAGACCCAGUCCGGACCCAUCAUGUCGGCUACAUCAGCAGACGGCAACGACUCCGUCAUUGUAGACCCUGAGACAACGAAGGCAGCGAUACAGAAUCGGCAGGUGAACGUUGACAACGUGAACCGCAUGUACCGCCAGUACGUGGAGGAGUGUGUGGAACAGGGCGGGGACAUGCCCUCCAACAUCCAGGCACAGAUGAACAAACUCAACUCCGACUGGGAGGACGUCCGCAACCUCGCCGACAACCUGAAGACACGCCAGGAGGCAAUGGUGGAAGAGAUUUUCGCUCAAGUGAAAGUGGGCCAUGUUGAAAAGCAACCGUCCUCUGCUUGGCCUGACUUCGACAAGUCCGUGGGGGAUCUACGAGACUGGCUGACAGUGCUAGAACGGAUGUUAAAGACACAGAAGGUGACAGUCGGGGACAUCAAGGACAUCGAGCAGAUUAUCAGCAGAGAGAAGGCGAUCCUGCAGGACAUGGAAACCCGCAGGGCCCAGCUGGACAGUGUCCUGAGUACCGCUGACCAGCUGCAGAGGCAGACCAACAGCGAGAACGACCGCCAGAUGCUCCGAGAGAGAGCUAAGAAACUCCGUGAGCACUGGGACGAGGCCUUCCGGAAUGUCAAUAGACGUAAGAACCUGCUCGAUGAUAUGCUCUUGGAGUGCAGACAGUUUGACGAGCUGUAUGCCGAGUUUGAACGAUGGCUGUCACAGAUCGAGGAGGAGCUGGAUGCUCGUCCAAUCAGACCCCAGUCUCCGAACGAUGUUGACAGACUUCUGAAGGAGCACAAGAAGCUGCAGGAAGAGGUGAACCAGCGACAGGAUACUGUCGACAAUCUCAAACGAUUGGCGGAAAAAUUAAUCGACGACUACAAUCAAGAUGACACAAGACAGGUUCGUCUUCAGUUGGAGAGACUGACCAAUCGAUGGUCUACACUCUUAAACAGACUGACCAACAACUGGAAGGCCCUCCAGGACAACCACAACUCCCUGCAGCAGUUCGACACGUCCAUGGAGGAGUUCAUCGCCUGGCUUCAGGGCAUGGAACACAGCUUCGUCCGGCUUGCGGACGAGACUGCGAAAGAGGAAGUUCGGGAAAAUGAGGAACUUUGUAACGAAUACUUGGAGCAGUUUAGGGACUUGCAAGCCGAAGUCGAUGGCCACCAGGGGGCGUAUGAGUCUCUGAACAGUGCAGGCAACCAACUGGCACGCGGGAUGGGGACAUCAGAUGCCCAGAAACUGCACCGUCGCCUUGAGGAGAUGAAUCAGAGGUGGCUCAGCCUCAUGACCAAGAGCAUGGAGAUCCGGGGUCGGCUGGAGAGCAAUGCAGAGCAGUGGAUGCACCUGUUGCGGACGCUGCAGAACCUCAUCAACUGGAUCCUGCAGCGGCAAGAGGAGCUCCAGCAACAGCAGCCCAUCGGUGGAGACCUCAUCAGCGUGCAGCGCCAGCACUCCGAGAACCAGAGGCUCCAUGAUCAGCUGAACCUGAAGCGCCCCCUAGUGGAGCAGAGCCUGGAGGCAGGUCGCUUCUACCUGCGCGAAGAGGGUGACGACAAGAGGCUCAGUACAGACAGCGGGGACAGUAACGAAACAGACGAGGGUUCUAUGACGGAUGUGUCAGCAGACAUGGACGCUCGGCACCUCAUCAAGAAGAUCCGGCGACAAGUUCGACUGCUCAACAGAAAGUGGAUCGAGAUUAACCAGAGAAGCAAUGAGUGGCAAUCGAAGAUCGAUGAAGUUAUUGAAAAAAUGGCGAUGUUCCAUGAAGCAAUGGAGGAUCUCAACGGCCACCUGCUGCAGGCUGAACAGGAGAAAGCCAAGUGGGUGUCGGUCGGCGACAUCAUCAUUGAAAACCUCCAGGAUGAGAUUGACGCAACUAAGGCCUUCCAGCAGAAGGUGGCUCCCAUUCAAGGGGAGGUUGACCAUGUCAAUGACGAAGCUAAUGACCUUCAAGCAGCAGACGUCAUCCUGUCCCACGUCAACGUCCGUAAACUUGAAGAUUUCAACACAAGGUGGAAGGCCUUACAAAUAGCGAUAGAAGAUCGAUUAAAGCAGUUACAAGAAGCUUAUAGAGAUUUUGGUCCAAACUCUCAACAUUUUCUCUCAGUGUCUGUGGAGUCCCCCUUUGAGCGAUCUGUGUCAGGGAAUAAAGUGCCUUACUAUAUCAAUCACACCACAGAAACCACCCAGUGGGACCACCCCGAGAUGUCCGCCUUAAUGCUCGCACUCAAUGAGCUGAACAAUGUGAGGUUUGCCGCCUACCGCACAGCGAUGAAGUUGCGGAUGCUGCAGAAGAAGCUAUGUAUGGAUCUUGUGUCUAUGAAUACGGCAGCAGAUUCCUUCGACCGUCACGGCCUCCGUGCACAAAAUGACAAACUCAUGGACGUCAUUGAAAUCAUUAACUGUGUUACCUCCAUGUUCGAGGUUGUGGCCACCGAACACCCUACUCUUGUCAACGUGCCCUUCUGUGUUGAUAUGGUGCUAAACUGGAUUCUAGAUGUCUACGACAUGGCAAGGAGUGGCAAGGUGCGGGUGCUGUCUUUCAAAAUAGGAAUUAUCAUAAUGUGCAAGGCGCAGCUAGAAGACAAGUAUAGGUUCAUUUUCCGCCUGAUAGCGGACACAAACGGGUUUACGGAUCAGCGGAAGUUGGGACUGCUCGUCCAUGAUUGUAUUCAGAUUCCUCGUCAGCUGGGGGAGGUCGCAGCGUUUGGAGGCAGCAACAUCGAGCCCAGUGUACGAAGCUGUUUUGCUAAGGCAAAUGGGCGGCCUGAGAUUCAAGCUUCUCACUUCCUCGACUGGUCCAAGAUGGAGCCCCAGUCAUUGGUGUGGCUGCCGGUCAUGCACAGACUUGCAGCAGCUGAGACAGCCAAACAUCAGGCCAAGUGCAAUAUUUGUAAAGAAUUCCCUAUAGUGGGGUUCAGGUAUCGUUGUUUGCGGUGCUUUAACUUUGAUGUCUGCCAAAACUGUUUCUUCUCUGGGAGGAAACAUAAAAGUCAUAAGCUGACACACCCUAUGCAAGAAUACUGUACUGCUACAACCUCAGGAGAAGAUAUGAGAGAUUUCACCAAAGUUUUCAAGAACAAAUUCAAGUCAAAACGUUAUUUCAAGAAACAUCCUCGCCUCGGUUACCUCCCUGUUCAAACUGUCUUGGAAGGGGACAACUUAGAAAGUCCUUCUCCCUCCCCCCAGCAUAGUAUUUCACAAGAUAUGCACUCUCGGCUGGAGCUCUAUGCAAACAGAUUGGCAGAGGUGGAACAGAGGCAAGCAUCCUCCACUCCCGAGUCAGAGGACGAGCACCACCUGAUUGCCCAGUACUGCCAGAGUCUGAACGGGGACACAACCACACAUGCUUUGAAGAGCCCAAUGCAGAUCAUGAUGGCAGUGGAUUCAGACCAGAAGUCGGAGCUGGAAAUAUUAAUCAAAGAUCUAGAAGAGGAAAACAGAACACUACAGGUUGAAUAUGACCGUCUGCGCCAAGCCAACAACGCUCACGAGGGCAGCAUGGCCCGGUCAGAAGAUGGAGACAGCAACACAAGUAGGGACGAGGAGAUGAUUGCAGAGGCAAAGUUGUUACGGCAACACAAAGGUCGUCUGGAGGCACGGAUGAGGAUACUAGAAGACCACAACCAUCAACUAGAGGCACAGCUACACCGUCUACGACAACUGCUCGACCAGCCUCCAGGAGAGCCCCGCACACCGCUGUCACUCAAUUCAUCGUCACGGACAACCCCAAUGACCACACCCUCCUCUUCUAUCAGCUCUCUGCCUGGGGGGCCCCCUCGGUACAGGUUCAACCCCCAGCUGGAGUCCACGCCCAGGAUCAUCAAUGGCAACGGAUAUGCAGCUGGUACAAGUCGAGAGGAGGAGCUUUGUGAUUUCUCAGGGGAACCAAAUGCAUCUUUUAACACAGACAGGUCAAAAGGUGCCAACAACGUGGGUAACCUGUUCCAUAUGGCAGGGCAGGUCGGGAAGGCUGUCGGCUCCCUAGUUACAGUGAUGACUGAUGAAGACGAAAUUGCCAUUGAUGAGUCCAAACACGGACCCACCCCUGCGGCAAAAAGUGCAUUCUCAUAGCAACAUUUGCAUUUUCAUAGCAACAUCAUCAUGAUCAUAACAUCAUUUUGAAAAGAACAAUUGUACAGAAACGAAAAGUGGUUGUGACGUUUGUAUCCAGUGGUCACAAUGCAACAUAAACUGUUAGUCCGGAGUCCUGCAGAUGGAGCUACAGUACUGACCGUGGUCAAACGUUGUGUAUUGUGCCCUUAGCUGAAAACCCUACAGUCAACUGUUUUGUGUUGAAUUGAGUUAUAACGACCUUACGUUUUUAUGUGAUUUUAGUGGUUUUAUCAACCAGAUGUUACAUCCGGCGUACAUUAUCACCAGAUUCCUACAAACUUGUACCUCUGUUCUAAUUAUUUAUCUUUUGUUACCAGCAUUUUGUUAUGAAGUGGUAUAAAUAUUUACCCUGUUCAAAUUAUAAUGCAUUUAGUUCUGCCUUCUCAGUGUACCGGGAUAUAUACAGAUUAUACCAUCUUUUAAAUGUACUGAUAUUUUUACUAUUCUAGAAUGAAUUAACAUCAUAUUUAAACAUUUGGGUCUGUCGUCGGAAACUGUAAGAUAUCAUAUCAGUUUCUCUCAGUGGUAAUUUAAUGUUUCACAGAAUAAUAUUUCUGCCAUAUUUUUUCUAUUCCGUUUACCACUCAAAACAAUGACAGUUCUGACACUAGUCGCUGCACAUUAUGAAAUAUGUGACUGAACAUACAUCAAAUAAUUAUAUUUUGUCUGUUCAGUUUAUAUCUGAGGGAUUAUUUUGAUAUUAUUUUAUUAGACCCAGCACAUGGUUAACAAAAUAAUUUUAAUCACAAAAACAGAAUAGCACCGAUUAUACAAUUCCAAUUUCUGUGUUCUGUCAGAUAACUUUAAUGUUAUCAGAGAAGCCUUGAGGUUGCACAAAUAAUAACACGCAGGUGCCUGUAAACAUUACAUUAUUUGGCACAGAAAAGGCAGCAAGUUUCUCUCCAAUCACAUAAAAAGUACAAAGAAUAUAUAACUUUUCACUUUACUACAAAUGUCGAGGGUUGCCACAGAAACUUGAACUUCUUUUGUUGGAUUUUGAAAAAUUGUCUUUUCAUCAGUGGUAUAGCUAUAUCAGGAACUACAGCAUAAUUACCAAUAUUCGGGGAGCUAUAUCACCAAAAGAAGUCAUGCAUAAAUUAUAUUCCUCAGUUACAAAGUACUUUUUGUGACAGUUUUCAGAUAUUUUACAAAUUUAUCAAUAAUUGAGUGUUAAUACUGCAAGAAAUUAUGAAAUUCGUAAACUUCCCUCGUUGAGGAACUGUGACUCGUUAGAUAUCGGGGGAAGUUAUGAGAUGUGUUACAUCCACAACUGGCAAAAUCUGAUGUUUGUUUCCCAAUUGUCUUCCAUUACUGAUGCACAGUCUGCAUGUUGUGAUCAACGUAUGGACUCCAUCAGCAUGUCACUUUUAAAUAUGUAAAUAAUAAACAAUUUCAUCAUGUUAGGGUGAUUCUGCAGUCAUAUUUCUCAAGAGGAAAUCGGUUUUAACAGUGCCAAACAAGUUAUUUUAUGAAAGUGACCAGCUACUUUUCACUACUGUUUUAUUACUCAGUAUACACUAAGGUGACUUUUCUAAUGCUGGUUUUCAACAUGGUGACUACCCUGGGCCUCCAGAGUCCCUUCACUGAACUUUAAUCUGGGCGAUGCUGAACACUGUCUGAUUGACCAUACAAUGUGACCUAUUGAUUAUGUGAAUUAUAGAUAAUUGUAUCAGCAAUAAAUGUAAUAUAUUGUAUUUAAACCUUC